AUUGACCCACGUAAUUCCACUCAAUCUAACUGAAGAUUCAACAUGCAAUAUCAAGCAAGGUACUCCUUUAGCAAAUUUGAUUGUCAUGGCAAAGUUGAUUAUUUGGGAUGAGGCACCUAUGAUGCAUAAAUAUUGUUUUGAGGCUCUUGAUAAAACUCUAAGAGAUAUUCUUAGAUUCAAAGAUGCAUCCAGUUUAGAACGACCAUUUGGAGGUAAAAUAGUUGUUCUUGAUGGUGACUUCAGACAAAUAUUACCUGUCAUUCCAAAAGGUACUAGGCAAGAUAUUGUUAAUGCUUCUCUUAAUUCUUCUUAUUUAUGGCCUUAUUGUCAACUUUUAACGCUAAGAAAGAAUAUGAGAUUGCAAAGUAACGAAAUAGGGUCCCAUGUGGAUGAGUUGAGAGAUUUUUCAGAUUGGAUUUUAGCAAUUGGUGAUGGUAUGAUUGGUAGUUCAGUUGAUGGCAAUGAAAAAGUUCAAAUACCAGAUGAUCUUUUGAUAAAACAAUCUUUUGAUCGAGCCAUUCUUGCUCCAACUCUUGAUAUGGUGGAAUCAAUCAAUGAAUAUAUGAUUUCACUCAAUCAUAGUUAUGAGAAAUCAUAUUUGAGUUCCGAUACAAUUUGCAGUUCUGAUCAGACUUAUUCAGCGUUAGAACAUGUACAUACACCAGAAUUCUUGAAUACUAUUAAAUGUUCCGGAGUUCCAAAUCACACUGUUACUCUAAAAGUUGGUGUACCAGUGAUGUUAUUAAGAAAUAUUGAUCAGUCAACAAGAUUGUGUAAUGGAACAAGGUUGAUCAUAACUAGACUUGGAAAUCAAGUUAUUGAAGCCAAGGUUCUAUCAGGACAUAUGGCUGGACAGAAAGUGUUUAUUCCUAGAAUGACAUUGACUCCGUCUGAUGCUAGAAUUCCAUUUAAGUUCCAGCGAAGACAAUUUCCAAUCGCUGUAUCUUUUGCCAUGACAAUCAAUAAAAGUCAAGGACAGUCAUUGUCUCAUGUGGGAUUAUUUUUGAAGAAACCAAUGUUUACACACGGACAGCUAUAUGUUGCUCUUUCCCGGGUUACAACUAGAAAAGGAUUAAAAGUUUUGGUUUAUGAUGACGAUGGACAAAUAAGUACUGAAGCUACAAAUGAAGUAUUUAAAGAAGUUUUUCAAAAUUUAAUCUGA